AUGGGAAUCAAGGGCCUCCCGACCGUCCUCGACGCGCACGCCGCGCGCGUCUCGCUCGCGUCGUGCGUCGAGGACGGCGCGAACGCGCGCGCGGCGGUGGAUGCGUACUCGUGGUUACACAAAGGUGCGUUCGCGUGCGCGAGAGAGCUCGCGCUGGGCAUCGCGCCGUGGGGGGGGCGGGAGUCGCCGUACGUGCGGUACUGCACCCAUCGCGCGCGCAUGCUGCGACAUCACGGGAUCGAGCCCGUGAUGGUGUUCGACGGCGACGCGUUGCCGGCGAAGCGGCGAGAGGAGGGCGAGCGGCGAAGACGAAGACGAGAGGCGCUCGAGCGUGGACGACGCGCGGAGGCGGCGGGAGAUGGACGAGGGGCGACGACGCAUUUCGCGGGGGCGACGGAUGUGACGCCGGAGAUGGCGCGAGAGUUGAUCGUGGCGCUGAAGAGGGAGAAUUUUGAAUACGUGGUGGCGCCGUACGAGGCGGAUGCGCAAAUCGCUCACUUGGCGCGGACGCCGAAGGAGCGGGGUGGGGUCGAUAUGGUAUUCACCGAAGACAGCGAUUUGGUCGCAUACGGAUGUCCGAAGGUUAUGUUCAAGUUGGAGAAGAGCGGUGACGCGAGGCAGUUUCGGUUGGAGGACAUGUUGGCGGGACGGUUGCCGGCGGCGACAGAUGAAAACGAAAACGAAAACGCCGAGAACGCGGCGACGACAACAGCCACGAACGGGACGAAGAAGCGAUCGAACGGGAACGUUUUGAACUUCCAAGGGUGGGGGUACGACUUGUUUCUCGAUCUUUGCGUGUUCUCGGGUUGCGAUUUCUUGUCCAACAUUCCCGGCCUCGGCAUUAAGAAGAUGUUUAAACUUCUGGAUAAGCACCGCGACGCACAAGCGGUAUUUACGGCACUCCGGGCGGAUCCGAAGAUAAAUGAUAUUAUUCCCAAUGGGUAUGAAGAGGAUUGGCGCAAGGCGAGGAUGAUUUUCAAGCACGCGGUGGUGUACGAUAGGAACAGUCACACGCUGGUAAAUUUAUCGCCGCUCCCGGACGAAGCUGUAUUCGAUGAUUUGGAUUUUCUCGGACCGAAAUUCGACGAUGGGCAGGCCAAACGCAUCGCUGAUGGUGAACUCAAUCCCAUUUCGCGUGAGAAAUUCGAAAAGACGCCGCCGCCCAAGGCGAGGACGAGGACGAUUGAACCGGUCAAAUUCGGUGGCAAGCGAAAGCAGGCGAGCGGUGGCAACGCCGCCGAGCGCUCAUUCAUGAUGAAUUUCUUCACCAAGGCGGCGAAAAAGGUGCUCUCGCCGAUGAAGAAAAGUCCCGCGAAGCUGCCAACGUUAGAUUCGGACGACGACGACGACUUGGCCUCUGUCGUCCUUGCUUGCGAGGCCAGCAAGCGCAACGCGUCAAUCGAGAUAGAUUUACUCGAGAGUGACGACGAUGGGUGUCUUCCGGGGACGAAAAACGCCCCACCGGCACCGUUCGCGCGAAUUGUCCCUUCCGAGCGGCCGAGCUUGCUCAAACAGCUCUUCUCGCCCAAGCGAAGGCUGAACUAA